AACAGUUAACAUGUGCGAACGGCUGCUUGUUUUUGUAUUUCUGCCACUGCCACUGCCACAGCACGCUGAAGUCGCGCUCUGACUCGGUUUGCUUCAUUCGGUCGUUCUUGUUCUCGUUCUCGUCCUGCGUCCGCAACCUCGUCUCGUGUCUCGUGUAAGAGCGUUUGUGAUUGUGUGUGGCACGGCUACGGCGGCAGCAGCGGCGGCUAUGUGUGAUCCAGGCGCAAAUGAAGCCAUUGUGCAAGUUUAGCCGCAAAAAACGAAAGUGAUUUAUGCCUAAAUGAAAUAUGUUUGCAUAAUGUCCAAGUGAGCCAGCGGACUAGCAAAACGUGUUACGUGAACCCAUGAAAGGAGCCUCCAUUCCCACAAAACCGAAUAAAAAGCCAAAACAAAACAAAGUUCAGUCAAUUAAAAUUCAAUUAUGCGACCAAAAAUGAAGGAAAGACGGCGCAAGCGUUUGAAAAUGCCACCGUUCACUUAGCUAGUGUUUCUUACCUUACAUUUACGAUUCAAGUUGUAGUUGAAAUUGCAAUAAGAGUGCUCAUCGAGAUCAUAUCAAAUACACUCGCCCUCUCACACACAUAUCAAAGCAACAUUCGUGCCGCUGAUUGUUGCGCGUGUCCUUUUGUGCAUAUCGCGUGUGGCUGCGGACUAAGCGCCUAGGCCUGAUUUCUGUGGAAAAUUAAUAAAUGGUAAUAGUCGAGUAUUACCUAUAGCCUGCAAAUUACAAAAACAUAUCUCGCCUCGCGGUAAAUAAAACGCGAAGCAGCAGAAGAAAAAAGAACAUUAAAAAAGGCGAAGAGAGAACAAAUUUGUUUUGCUUGCCGUGCAAAUAUUUACAAUUAGUUUGGCAGGCUCGCGCGGUUUUCCUGUUGCAGUUCUUCUAGUUGUUAUUGUUGUUACUAUUAUUAUUGUUGUACUAUAGUUGCAAGGCAACUUUUGUUGUGUAUUCCGUGUGUUCAAAAGCCGCAAGUCUACAAUUUCGUUGUCGUCGUCGGUGGCAAAUGCAAAAAAAAAAAAAACUCUCGUGUCGGUAUGCUUUGCAAAAUUAAAGAUGAAGAAUUUAAAUGUGACUACUGCCAGUGAGAAUAUGUUCCAUGAAAAUCAAUCAAUUGCACAAGCCAAAAUGCAUGUGGUGUGAACGAGAAAAUUAAUUACGCUCAGCGGGCUAUCGGCUGUCCAGUUAACAAACGACCUGGCCUCGCUCGCUUGGACUCUGCUUCAGUUGCCACAAACUGUUGAGCACACACAACGGAAACAACAAAUAUCCAAAGAGCCACACAAAACCAGCAACCAACAAGAACAAAGUCGCAACGUUUUUUUUCUGUUGUCGUUGUUGCUGUUGCUAUUAUUGUUGUAGUAUUUUAUAAAUCAAAUAACAAGCGCUGUCAUUUGUAAUUACAAAUGGGCAUGAAAAAAAGUGAAUAACUUAAACGGCAUCAAACAAUACACACAAUUCAUACUCGGUAAAAGUGCAUAAAUAACGCAAACUAUUUGUAAUUAAAUUAUCUGUGAUUUUUGUCAACAUAUUCAAUAUUUUCGAAGCCCAAAGCAUAUACGUUUAACGUGCAUAUCGCAAAUAUCGUAGUUAAUCGCAACAAUCAAGUGACUUUAAGCGACGUCAACAACUCUAAAGGCAAUUCUCGUGUCGCGUUUGAAAUCGUCGCCGUAAGUGUUAAAGUGUUACCAAUUUGUCCACGAUUCGGGAGUGUUUGAGUGUCCGUGUGUGUUUUUGUGUAUGUCUGUAUAAAUUCGAAAAAAAAAGAAAUCAGAAAACAUGGCAAUGGUCAUUUCAACGCGCGCGAAACUCGUGAUAACCGCACUGAUUCUAUUCUUCCUGCUCGGCAUUGUCCUUGUGACGGGCUCGACGAAGGGCUGGUUUAUACCGCAACGUUUCAAUGGCGAACGCGUGGCAGCCAGGAUACAGGAUUUGGACAAUGAAUUAACUCUCGAUUCGAAGUCGGAGUCGGAUGUUUUGUCAGAUACUGAAGUUGACACGAAUUCCUCGACCGAUGAUUCAACAGCCGAUGAAAAUGAUCUUUCCAAUCCGGAAUUCUGGGCAGGGGCAACGGACAAUUACGACUCCAGUGACCUGCAGCCCCCCGGACAGACGGAAUAUAUGCUCGAGAGAUCACAUCGUGGCAUCAAGGGAGAGAAGGGUGAUCGAGGACCAAAGGGCGAUAGCAUACGCGGUCCACCUGGUCCUCCGGGUCCGCCGGGUCCCAAAGGUGAAACGCCUGUCUACCCACCCUUUGUGGAGACACCAAGUGCGGGGGCUAAAUACACUGGCGAAUGUACAUGUAAUGCGACUGAUAUCCUGGAGGCCAUCAAGGACAAUGAGACGCUACGUGAAACGUUGCGCGGCCCGCCCGGCACACAAGGACGAGAUGGAAAGACCGGAGCCCCUGGUCUUACCGGUGCCACUGGUGUGACUGGCGCUCGUGGCCCGGAAGGUAUCCAGGGGGAGAAGGGCGAGCCAGGCGUCGACGGCAUGCCCGGCGUCAUGGGUCCGCCAGGACCACCGGGCGCGCCUGGCUUGCCGGAGAGCUAUGAUGAAUCCUUAAUGGGCAACUCGAUGGGCAGUCUGCGUAGCUCGACAGCGACGCAGGCGGGACCUAAAGGAACGACCGGCGAUAAAGGUGAGCCCGGACGUCCAGGAGAUCGCGGUGAAAAGGGUCACAAAGGUGCACACGGACCCACCGGACCCAAGGGCGAGCCCGGGGCCCCAGGCCUACCCGGAUUGGCCGGUCAGCCGGGCGAUGGCAACGGCACUAAAGGUGAGCGCGGCGAGAAGGGCGAGAAAGGGAUGCGUGGACGACGCGGCGGCACUGGCGCAGCUGGACCAAUUGGACCACCCGGCAAACCCGGACCCACCGGUGAUAUUGGACACUCGGGACGUCCUGGUGCAACUGGACCCAAGGGCGACGCCGGUCUCAAAGGCGCCAAGGGCGAUGCAGGCGGACGCGAGGGGGCAAAGGGCGAGAAAGGCGACCGAGGUAGCGAUGGUCGCGAUGGUCUGCCAGGUCCACCUGGACUGCCGGCCACAGCUGGAGCCGGCGAUGGCGACAGCGGCGGUGUGCAGUACAUACCGAUGCCUGGUCCACCGGGACCACCUGGACCGCCAGGCUUGCCAGGUCUGUCGAUCACUGGACCUAAAGGCGAAGCUGGUAUGGACUCGCGUGGCAGUUUCUUUGGAGAUGCCUCCUACUACGGACGACCAGGUGCGCGCUCAUCUUUAGACGAACUUAAAGCCCUGCGUGAGCUGCAAGAUCUGCGCGAUCGACCCGAUGGCACAGCUGAGCCACCUAGCCAGAAGGCGCAUUCGCAUAAGCAUGGAGACUCCAUGGGAGAGGGCGAGGAGUUGCCACAUCUUUCCGCAUCAUCAUCGAACAUGAACAUGAGAAUCGUGCCAGGUGCAGUCACCUUCCAGAACAUUGACGAAAUGACAAAGAAAUCGGCGUUCAGUCCACCGGGUACUCUAGCGUAUAUUACCGAAGAGGAGGCGAUGUUGGUGCGCGUCAACAAGGGCUGGCAAUACAUAGCGCUGGGCACUCUAGUGCCAAUUGCAACGCCAGCUCCGCCCACCACAGUGGCGCCUUCACUGCGAUUUGAUUUGCAGUCGAAAAACCUGCUGAAUAGUCCACCUCCAUUGCUCAACACACCAACGUUUACAACCGCGCCCGAAUAUGAAACGUGGUACCCGCGCAUGCUUCGCGUGGCGGCCCUCAAUGAGCCCUAUGUUGGGGAUUUGCAGGGCAUUCGAGGCGCGGACUUUGCCUGCUAUCGCCAAGGCCGACGAGCUGGCCUGCUGGGCACAUUUAAGGCGUUCCUCUCCUCCAGGGUACAAAACCUGGACUCCAUAGUGCGACCUGCCGACCGGGAUCUGCCUGUGGUGAAUACCCGCGGCGAUGUGCUCUUCAAUUCCUGGAAGGGCAUCUUCAAUGGCCAGGGUGGAUUCUUCUCGCAGGCGCCGCGGAUUUACAGCUUCAGCGGCAAGAAUGUCCUCACGGAUCCACUAUGGCCGCUUCGACUGGUCUGGCAUGGCUCGCUGCCAAAUGGAGAGCGCUCCAUGGACACCUAUUGCGAUGCCUGGCACUCGGGUUCGCAUGAGAAGUUCGGCUAUGCCAGCAAUCUGCUGGGCAACAAGCUGCUCGAUCAGGAGCGUCAGCCCUGCGACGGAAAACUGAUUGUGCUGUGCGUGGAAGCCUUGUCACAGGAUCGUCGGAAAAAGCGUGACCUCAGCAGUCCACAUAGUCACAGUCACAGUCGCAGUCGGCACAGCGAGCUGGAGUUCAGCACGGCCGAGGAGUAUGGCGAAUAUUUAGACAAUUUACUGCUGUAAGAUGAGCAGCGGCAAGGGGCAACGGGGGGAAUAACAGGAAGCAGUAGCGGUAACUGAAACUGAAACUGUGACGAGAAUGCUCGUAAUAUAAAUACCAACAAUACCAAUACCAAUAUCAUUACAACCGACACAGUCUCAUAAACACUCACUCGCAAAAGUAUACCGCCACCCAUACACACAUAUACAUACUUACACAUACACAUACACGGAGCGAACAUUACAUUAAAUGUAAACGUAAAUCAUGGCCAUGCAUAUAAUCAGCGAAUUCCAAACUAAAACCAAAAAAUACUCAAGUAAGCGACGCGACGAUUGGGACGGAUUAACAAUUGCAUAGUGAAAUACGAGUACAUAACAUACUCAUAAAUACUUAUGGAUAAUAUAUAUAUAUAUAGGAUGAUAAUAUAUACACAUACUUAUAAAUAUUAUUUGUAUUCUGUAAUUUGUAUUAUGUCAUUUGUAAUUUAUAACUUGUAAUUUGUAAUAUUCUUAUGUUCAGCAGACAGGCAACAACAAGAUGAACUUUUUGUAUUCGUAGUUAUAGCCAAUAAAGUAAGCUAAUUUUGUAAUUUAGUCACAGCGAAGGCGAAGGCCCUUUUAGGUUAGUCUCGAUAAGAAAACAAAAACAAGAACAACAACAAGAAUACUAUCAAUAUUGAGAGGCCAAGCGAACCAAAAAAAAAAAAACAUAAAACGAAAAAUACUAAAAUAAAAACUGGAAACUGAGAAAGCAAGCAAUCCUUCUUCUGACAUCAUACUUACUGGCCAAAUUAGACUCCUAUCUCCCAUUGUAUGUACUAGGUGCAGAGCCGAGAAAUGAUCGACGCGAAAAAGAUAUCAUACAUUACGUAUACGUAUGCGUGUAUAAAUGUAUUUGUCAAAGACUUCUAAAUGUGUAAAUGUUUAAUAUACUCGUAACAAUAACAAUAAUAAUAAAAGCAAAACAAGAACAACCAACCACAAACACAAACAUUUUAAGCCACAAAACUUUCCCCCCACUCCUCUAUGAUACCAAAACCCCGUUUUUAACUAUCUCGCAUCCACACAAUCUGACAACUCCAAUGUGCAUUAUGUUUUAUGCCAAUUUUCUAUGCUCCCAUAUCUGUAUAUCUCAUAUCUCCUAUGUAGUCAGAUUUUCUACAUUGAAAUACUCGUUGUUAGAAGUGUAAAACAUCUUUUUUAUAUGAGCGCAAAAACUUAAUUAUAGUAUUAACGGCAAAUAAUGCGAAAAUGCAAUAAUAUUAACACGUAUUGUAAUUUAUUGUAAUUCUAGUACGAAUACGAAAUCGAAUUCGAAUGAAGAUGCAUUCAUUCGGUCAACUCCAAUUACCAAGUACUUCCACACAAGUACUUGCAAAACAUUAUAGUUAGUUAUACUUACAUAUAUGCACAUACAUAUUCCCAUGUAUGUAUGUCAUUUCUUUUUGCAUUUAACCAAUGCAUUUCCACAUACAAGUUUGUAAUGUAAUUAAUUGUAAUUGAAUUAACUAAUUAAGCUUAUCAUUUUAAUCCAAAACAAGAUCGAAUCGGAUGAACAUCAGUGAAAUCGAGAACACAAGAAAGAAGAAGCUAUAUAACUUAGCUCAUAAGUAUAUAAAAUACAUACACGAAAAUAAAUUUGAAUGAUGCAAAUAACUACAUUUAGUGAAAUCAAAAUGAAUACUUAAAGCCCUCUAGUCCUAAGUCGAAAGAACAUAAACAAAUGGAAAACAAAACAAAAAACAAAAAAAAAAAAAAAACACUGAAGAUAAU